GGUUGGGUUGGUGUCCAAGAAUAUAUCACGUGUUUAUCCUCACUUCAGCGCUUGCCCUGAAAAAGUGAAACAUCCGCAGCAUCCGCAGAGCCGAAGGGAGAGGGAGAGAGGGAGAGGGAGAGAAGAAGCUCCGGAGAUCGUCGAUUCUCGUUUAGGUCUUUCUUCGGAGCUUCUUUCUUCUUUCUUUCUCUUUGCUUUCUUUCCUUUUUGUCUCUAACAUUCAGGUGUCGAAUAAUACCAGAUUAAGCCGCUUCAACAGGUAUUGAGAGAAAUAUGCUUCCUUAGAAGAAAUUGCUGGUAGGUGGUUACACGCGUGUAAACGUAUAGCCUUAUGUUUGCAAUACAAGGUCUGGUAUUCUCUCAAACAGUGGUUGAAUUAAGGGAACUUGAUAUAAGGGUUAAAGAUGCCAGCAAUUGUAUUUUCUAAGCUAAAACCUGUUGUAUAUACUGGUUUUCAAAGAUCUCUUACAGGAAAACUAGUUCCAUUGUCCGACUCACCAAGUUCAUUGCUUAGACGGCUCAAAUUUUUGUCUGUGAAUUCAGGGUUGAUUCAGUCUUUCUCUUACUCUGGUAAAUCUCUAUCUGAUAAUAGGUGUAUUCGAAACCCGUUUUGUCUUAGGGCAAAAACAAUGGCUGUGUCUGGUUCCAAGGCUGUUUUCAGAGAUGUUUAUAUGGAUGAGUUGAUAGCAAGUUGUGGGAAUGGCUUGGACUUCUUGAAACCUAGUGGGGUUUAUUUUGCUGAUCGAAGUCAAAGCAGUUGCCAAAAAGCUAGCCUGAUUUUGAGAAAGCAAGAACAACGCAACAAUCGUCUUGUUUGUAGGUACAAUUUUUGUGAUGCAGUGCAGAGAAAUUCCGGAUAUAAUCUUCCUUUUGGUCCAAGGAUGAAAAGUAUCCACACUUCAUCUUUGUUUUGUACCUCUUCAAGGGCAGCUCAUGAUAUGUCAUUUGAUGGGAGUUCUAAGGAUGAACGGGCUGCAAGUUUACCUGUACAAACUAUUCCAAACAAGAAAAGCUUUAGACUAGUUUCAGGGUCUUGUUAUCUCCCGCAUCCCGCUAAGGAAGAAACAGGAGGAGAAGAUGCUCACUUCAUUUGUGCCAAUGACGAAGCCAUAGGUGUAGCUGAUGGUGUUGGUGGCUGGGUGGAAGUUGGCGUUGAUGCUGGCGAAUUUGCCCGUGAACUUAUGUGUAAUUCAGUGGCAGCAAUUCAAGGUGAACCAAAGGGUUCCAUUGACCCAGCCAGAGUAUUAGAGAAGGCCCAUUCAAGCACAAAAUCACAAGGAUCCUCAACUGCCUGCAUCAUUGCCCUUACAGGGGAGGGGAUACAUGCAAUAAAUCUGGGGGACAGCGGUUUCAUUGUGGUUAGGGAUGGCUGCACCGUCUUCCAUUCCCCAGUCCAGCAACACGGUUUCAAUUUUACAUAUCAAUUGGAGAGUGGUGACGGUGGUGAUCUACCAAGCUCUGUUCAGGUUUUCAAAAUUCCUGUUCUGUCAGGUGAUGUGAUUAUCGCUGGAACAGAUGGGUUGUUUGAUAACUUAUAUAAUAAUGAGAUUACUGCUGCUGUUGUUCAUGGUUUAAGAGUUGGCUUCAAUCCCCAAUUGAUGGCUAAGCAGAUAGCAACAUUGGCUCGUGAACGAGCAGUGGAUAAGAACCGACAGACACCGUUUGCCAAAGCAGCUCAAGAUGCUGGGUUUCGUUACUAUGGUGGCAAGCUUGACGACAUCACUGUUGUUGUGUCGUAUAUUGCUGGCUCUUCCAAUACGUGAAACCUAGUGAAAGAAACAUUCAUAUUGGCCUUUCUUCAUGCACUUGUGAUUCACGAGAAGUUUUGAUCCUUGAUUUUUGUUCAAUAAGUAAUUCCGUCGUUCCUCCUUUUACAA